AUGCUUGCCCCCAACAACAACUCAUUUGGCACUGGCUGUGACUCGCAAAAGCAGCCAACACCUCCCUUACAGCCAGGACACAUCCUCUCCAACGAGUCCGGCCCCAAAGCCGAGUCCAAGGCACAAGGCACCCAGAUCACAGAGGGCUUACAGCCCGAGGGGAAGAGGAAGACAUAUGCACAAAGGCAGGCAGAGUUCAGGGCAAAGCAUUUCCCAAACCUGAAGCCCCCGAAGCCAGACCAGGUAAAGAGCAUGUGGAACAAUCCGACAUACCAUUGCUGGAGCCUCGAGCUGUCUCCGCCCUCUCCUUCGCCUUCCCCGCCUCCCGGGCCAACUUCUGCAGCAUCAAUAUCAAGCCCCAGCACAGCAGCCUGCCAGCCUUCAAGCUCCGUACAGGAGACUUCGCCAUCCAAGGACGCCUCCAGCUCCCUCGUCAAGAACAUCCCAGGGACGCCGCUGAAGAAGUAG